GCACCCUUAUCCAAAUAGAACACCAAUCUCCCACUGGUGCGGUUGAGCAUUUACCAGCAUUAUCCUUAGAUUCCUUUGGUUAUGGGUUUUGUUUUUUGCGUUCUCAGGUUAUCCCUAUUGGCAUUAACCUCUGGGUAGUUAGCUUGAACAGAUUGGAAUUGGGCAUGCUAUGAAGGUGGCAUGUUGUAGCCCAGAAAUUAAUGUUCCCUACUUGGGAACCCCAAGAACAAGGUUUGGUUCCGAGGAAGCACAUGUGAUUCUUCAAAAAUGUAGCAAUUUCAAGCAGCUUAAGCAAGUGCAUGGCAGAAUAAUCCGUUUUGGUCUCAUCUAUGACCAAUUGCUUAUGAGGAAGCUAAUUCAGUUCUCUUCCUCUUAUGGCAAAUUGAACUAUGCCACUUUGGUAUUUGAUCAACUCAAUUCCCCAGAUACCUUCACCUGGAAUGUCAUGAUUAGAGCUUAUACCAUUAGCGGUUCUCCUAAAAUGGCGCUUCUUUUGUUCAAGGCAAUGCUGUGCCAGGGCUUUGCACCUGACAAGUUUACAUACCCUUUUGUGAUCAGUGCUUGCGUGGCCUCUAAUGCCCUUGAUUUGGGAAGAGUGACUCAUGCUCUUGCCAUCAAAAUGGGGUUUUGGAGUGACCUUUAUGUGCAGACCAACUUGAUGAAUCUAUACUUCAAGUGUAAGGAUGUCGAUGAUGGAUGGAAGGUGUUUGAUAAAAUGCGUGUGCGCAACGUGUUCGCGUGGACCACUGUGAUUGCUGGGUUUGUUGCUUGUGGGAGGCUGGACACUGCCAGGAAACUGUUUGAGAAAAUGCCUUCCAAGAAUGUUGUGUCAUGGACUGCAAUGAUUGAUGGGUAUGUGAAACACGCGCAACCCGUUAAAGCGUUUAAUCUGUUUGAACGAAUGUUGGUUGAUAAUGUGAAGCCAAAUGAGUACACUGUGGUGAGCUUGGUCAGAGCUUGUACUGAGAUGGGUAGCCUUAGGUUGGGUAGAAGGAUUCAUGAUUUUGUUCUAAAGAAUGAUUUUGAGAUCGGGGCUUUCUUGGGUACCGCGCUUAUAGAUAUGUAUAGCAAGUGUGGCAGUUUGGAUGAGGCAAGAAAAGUGUUUGAUGUGAUGCAGGUGAGAACCUUGGCCACUUGGAAUACAAUGAUCACUAGCUUGGGUGUGCACGGGUUUAGGAGUGAAGCCAUAUCCCUUUUUGAAGAAAUGGUGAAGGCAAACGAGGUUCCGGAUGCUAUCACUUUCGUGGGUGUUCUGAGUGCUUGUGUUUAUUUGAAUGACCUGGAACUAGCUCAGAAGUAUUUCAACCUUAUGACUGAUCAUUAUGGUAUAACACCUAUCUUGGAACAUUAUGCAUGCAUGGUUGAAAUCUAUAAUCCUGCUGUUGAGUUGGAUGAGAUUUACACUUCAGGGAGCACAUUGGAAGCUAAUCAUGAUGUUGCAGAAUUGCUGCACAAGAGCAAACUCACUAAUAUAGAUGACAUAAAAAAACUUGUACAAAAGCAAUACGAGGAUUUGGAUUCCUCAGAACUAGUUAUAGAUCAUUCAUCCACGAGCUCACAACCUCAACUCUGAGCUCAAGGACGGUGCAGAUUGAUAUCAACCAAACAAGUACAUAGUUUGUGACUUUGUUCUCACUUACUGUCGCACAAGAUGCCUUCUAUGAAGCUUUCAAGAGAAGUUCACAUACAUAGCCAAAUGGAUCCGUCUAAUUUGUGUUUUAAUAUGUUACAGGAUCCAUGAUGGUCAGCAUUGUUUGUCUUCUAAACUAAAUAAAUGUUCGUUGAAAAGAAGUUGUGGGAGGGAGGAAGAGCUCAUAUAUGUUGAUAAGUAUUUCAAUGGUGAGAUUCAUACAUGUAGAGAUAAUUUUUACUUUGUUAAAUUUCUUAAAGUUAAAAAGAAAACUAUGAUGCAACACCAUUAAACUGUUCACAAUCAUUCUCCCUACCAUUUACCUGUAACCUGUUCUUCACAUCAUAUGGCCAUGAUGCAACAGCAGCAACCCAGAAUGCACCUCCGGCUGUGAUCAUAAUUCGAGAUUGCACAAAAAGGGUUUUUCUAUGCUGUUUUUCGGUUGUGUAACACCAAAAUCCCAACAGAGAAUAUAGACUUCACAAAAUGUUAUGAUGGUCAAUAGGAAAAUU